AUGUCCUCUACUCGUAGCAUCCUCGUUACUGGCGCAAACCAAGGUCUGGGGUUCCACACCGUUCACCAGCUCGCACAGGCAGAAAACACUCUUGUUUUCAUAGGCUCCCGCAAGCUAGCGAAUGCGACUGAAGCUAUCGCCAAGUUCGCUUCUGAAAUCCACCCUUCGUCGUCUGUCGUUCCGGUGCAACUCGAUCUCACGGACGAAGAGUCGAUCAAGAAUGCUGCCGCGACGGUCGAGAAAACUUUGAAAGAGAAGCAGCUGAUUGGACUGGAUGUUCUCGUGAACAAUGCUGCCCUCGGCACUGACUCUUUCCAUGACGUCUAUGCUGUCAAUGUCAUCGGCACUGCUGCAUUGACCAACGCACUUCGUCCACUUCUCAACAAGGGCGGCUCGAUACUCAAUAUUUCCUCGACCCUCGGCUCCCUCGCGUGGUACACCCAGCGCCCACCACCUCCGAUCUACUCCGCAUAUGCCUCAAGUAAAUCCGCGCUCAACCACCUCACUCUGAGUUGGGCGAUUGAAGAAGAACAGAAGGGAACUGAUAUUCGGGUCGUUUCGAUUUGCCCCGGCUUCAACGCAACGAACCUUAACAACUAUACUGGAACGAUGCCGCCGUCCGAAGGAGCAAAGAUCAUCGUUCAAAAUGCCCUUCAGAAAGGCGGCGAGAGUGGAGUUUUCUUUGACAAGUCGGGACCCGUUAAGUGGUAG